AGGCCAAUGCUCCAAGCCCAACUUUUCCUGGAUGAUUGGAGCAUCCAAAAAAUUCCCCAAAGCAGAGCUGGACGCUUGGACCAACAAGAAGUAGGAAGUCUUCUUCCUCUCCUCCGACUCUGGGUCUGGGGAGGAACUAUUAAAUUUUAUUUAUUUAUUUAUAUUCUCUUUGAAAUUACUUUUAUGAGUUCAGAAGAAAAAUGGUCCAAGUGAACAUACAUAGAUAGAUAGCCUCAUCAUUCUGAAAUAAUCUCAGUUACAUGGCUGACCUCCCCAAGGAGCAAUUUAUAACAAUAGUCAAUGACGAUCACGAGGCAACAUGCUGGGGUUGUGGAUUACGCCUUCUUCUUCCAUCUCAUGCACCUAUUUUCAAGUGUGGUUGGUGUGGGGCCAUAACAAAUCAAAACACGUCGAAAUGUGAAAGCAAGGGCUCUCGGUGGAGGUGCUUGCGUGACCGGUGCUUUGUUUGUGUCCUCAUUGUGUUUAUGCUCUUUGUGAUAAGUGGUGGGGUGUGGGCAGUGUGCCCAAUUGUUUUUUCUAUUAGCUACUUCUGUGGGAUAUUCCACUCCAUCAUAACGGUGAUCUUGUCUGUAACUACCCUUUCUUCAUUCAGCCUUGCGGCAUUUUGUUGUGCUGGCAUGCCUCCAAGCAUGCAGUGGGGUAGCUUUCCAUCUGUGCGGCAAGGUGACCUUGAGAACUAUACCUUCUGUCACUACUGCUCAAAACCAAAGUCACCUAGGACUCAUCACUGCCGUUCAUGUGGAAUGUGUAUAUUGGAUAUGGAUCAUCAUUGCCCAUUUAUUGGGAAUUGUGUGGGUGCAGCAAAUCACCGGCAUUUCAUUCUCUUCCUCAUCUCGGCUGUCAUCAGUACAAUUUAUGUAUCAAUCUUGUCUAUAUAUGCAGGGUUGCAUCUAUGGCCACAAUUAGCUUAUAAUUUUGGCCGUCUCAAUGGGUUUAACAGGGAUAUGGCUUUCAGGGUUGUGAUGGAAAUUUUUCUUUCUUUGCUAAGGUCUGCGGCGCUACUAUCCACAAGAGGGCUUGUUCUAGUAUAUCUGUUUAUUUCAAGUGUUUCGGUGGAAAUAGGAUUGAGCAUGCUUUUGUGGCAGCAGCUUUGUUAUAUAUAUGAAGGGAAAACUUAUUUAAGUCAUUUAAGCUCACAGGGAAAUGAUGAAGUAGGGAAAAAAGAUUGCCAAAAUCUUUUCCGGUUCUUUGGUUGCCCAUAUUCUAUAUCAAGAUAUUUGCCAAACUUUUGGAGAUCUCGGAAGAGGCACAAGAGGUGAGAGGGAGGUAUGUAUAUUUCUGAAAAUCAGUGCCAUGCAGUGACUGUGUAUUAUUUAUUUUUGGGGUGUGAGGGGUGGGGGUGGGGUUGUGAUUUUGGUCAUCUGUGAGAUGAAACUACAGCCUCCAUCCCAUUGGUUUGUAUGAAGACAUUUGUAGCCUUGUUGUCAUUGCUAUUACAUUUAAAAAAGAAAUAAGAAAAAACUAGUGGGGGUGCAUUUAGUUCA